AUGAUAAAGUUGCUCAUAGUUAUAGUGAUACUCAAUAUCACAUUAUCAGCUCCUAUUCUUAAAUAAUAAAUAUUAGCAAGUAAGAAGGCAAAGAAAGAGCCUGCUCUUGACUGGAAGAGUGCUUCAGAGUAUUCAAAUAACCCUACUUACACUUAAGUCGUUGAAGUUGCCAAAAAGAACUCCUCCUAAUAAUGCAAAUUGAGCAAAACUGUCAAGCUUAAAAAGGUUUUAAAAGUUGCUAAGCAAUUAGUAUAAGGCAUGUUGUGGAAUUUACAAGUUGAGUUUUCUGAUAAAUCAACCAAAGUGUUGUAAGUAUAUGAAGAUUUAGAUGGCUCAUUUGAAUUUGAUACCUGCAAGGAUACCAUUUGA